GAGCCUCUCCUACAAGCACCAUUCACUUCCCUCUCUUUCUUUCUAACCCGAGGACGAUAGACUACCUUACGCACCCUCGCCAUGCCUCCCAAGUUCGACCCCAAUGAGGUGAAGAUCAUUCACCUUCGGGCAACCGGUGGUGAAGUCGGCGCUCAGUCUGCACUUGCUCCCAAGGUCGGUCCUUUGGGUUUGUCGCCCAAGAAGAUUGGUGAAGAUAUUGCCAAGGCUACCGGUGACUGGAAAGGUCUCCGUGUCACCGUCAAGCUCACCAUCCAGAACCGUCAAGCCACGGUCUCUGUCGUUCCCUCCGCCUCUUCCCUCGUCAUCAAGGCCCUCAAGGAGCCCCCUCGUGACCGCAAGAAGGAGAAGAACAUCAAGCACUCUAAGUCCAUCCCUCUCGACGAUAUUAUUGAUAUUGCUCGCACCAUGCGCUCCCGCUCUCUUGCCAAGGAGCUCCGUGGAACCGUUCUUGAGAUUCUUGGUACCGCUUUCUCUGUCGGUUGCCAGGUUGAUGGCCGCAGCCCCAAGGACGUCAGUGAUGAUGUCAAGUCUGGCGAGAUUGACAUCCCUGAGGAGUAAACGAUUGUUGUCAACGAUUUUCAUUCCAAAAAAGUUGUUCUUUUGCACCAAGACUCGGUUGAGAUACCCCGAGUAUAUCGUGUUAGAUAUGAGAAAUUGAUGACGAUCUGAUAUCAAAACAAAAUAAUUCUAAUGAGUCAUGACCUUUCCCUUCGAUAACAGUUAUCGAUGUUUUCUCCUUUUCGUUCUGUCUUGCUUCAUAUUCUGUCUCCCUGCAGUCCCAAGUCCAACCCCAAUGAAAAGGGAACGACAACCUUUGCCACACUCUGGCCAUUACCGUCCGAUUUCUAUCGGAAUUACAAGCUCCACGGUAACGGCCUAUUUUGACGCAAAGAAGAUAAAAUUUCUUGACCUGUUACUCACCGCGAUAUCUUUUCGGAAAGGAUUUCUUUUUCGAGGUGGAUAUAGUGGUCCAUCUUUGUUGGUCUACAUGUCAGUUGUAAUUUGAGAAGAAUGUAGUAUGUGCGUAGAAGGUCUUGAUGUAUCUUUAGUUUAGGAUUGGAAUUGAUUUUAUUCUUACAUUG